UCUCCGAGGGGGUUACACACGCACAUCAUUCGGGUGAGGGAAGCAGAGUGGGAAGAGAGAGGAGGGGGAAAGGAAGUACAAAAAAGACAGACAGUAAAAGAAAGACGUGGGACACUGCACUGUCUUUUGUCGUUGUUUAAACAUUGGAUAACAUUUAAAGCUCAUCAGACACGGAGAGAAUCAGAUCUUCUAUCAGCCGGUGAUUCAGAGGAUAUUUGAGGACUAUGGCGGCGGCAACAAGCCCAGAGUCGAGCCAGCAAGCUCGCGUUUAUUUCCAGACGCCACCCGGCUCGACUGAAGAAGCCGGAAUCCCGGUGCGAAAGGCAGGACGGGUCACGGUGAAAUACGACAGGAAAGAGUUGAGAAAGAGACUUAAUUUGGAAGAGUGGAUUAUUGACCAGCUAACGGAUCUCUACGACUGUGAGGAGGAAGCGAUUCCGGAGCUGGAGAUUGAUGUGGAUGAACUGUUGGACAUGGAGAAUGAUUCAGACCGUGCUGCUUGUGUCAAGGACCUGCUGGUAGACUGUUAUAAGCCAACUGAAGAGUUUGUAACUGAAUUGCUUGACCGGAUCCGUGGCAUGCAGAAGCUCAGUACACCUCAGAAGAAAUAAAGCUCCUCUCACCUCCAGUCCUCCCCGACCCAUCCCUUCAUCCCAGUUUAAGGGGUGUGAGUACCCCUGAGCAGGUGCUCUUCCAACCCCAUCGCUCCUUCUCAUCCCUUGGGGAGAAUAUGGAGGCUAAGUUAUAAGAAAGUCUAGCCAAUUGGAUCCUUAUAAGCAGGGCUUAUUUUUCUCAUUUUGUUAACUUUAUUUUAUUCUAUUUCACUUUUUUGUAAAGGGGGAAAGAUUUAAUUGUUUUGAAGUGUUUAAGACAUAAUAUUUUCAUAUUGUUGUGCAUCUCUGUGCAUAUUUGUAUCAAUGCAUAGAAUGUUUUUUUUUCUUAGAAUUUUUAUUUAGUUUCAGAGCUCUCUGUGAUGUCACAAGUGACACAUGGACUUAAUUUUGCUGUUGUUUGUAAAACUGUGACGAUCUUUGGUAUUUGAUGACGUCAGAGGAGCCUUGAUAAAUUAUUGUUUGUUUUUGCUUCUCCUGUUCCUAUUAAAAUUGAUUAUUGCGCAGUUAAGGGCUUAAGCACCAACAUUCAUGAAACGUUUUCAUUUCUUGUAAAGUGAGCAAAUGACGCUGUUGUAAAAGGGAUGAAGCUACUUUGUGGUUUUUACAGAGGGAGGAAGCUGUGCAGAAGGAAAUAUAAGGCUUUUUAAUUUCUUGUUUUUUCUUCCCUACGCCCACCCUCUGAAACUCCUGGGAAUGACCACCCUCAGGGAUCAAGAGAAACAACCACACGUGCACACAUCAUCUGUGUUUCUUUACACACAUCUCGGAUAUGCACGUUGGUGAGAGAAACAACGUGCACAUGAAAGACAAGUGGCAGUGCGUAAUUCAAGCUGCCAAGCGUAUAUUCUGAAUUAAUCCUCUCACGUGACUCUGCUAAAUCAUCUUAGGAAGCCAUCUGGUCUUUUUGUCUCAGCCAUUCAAAUGCUAUAAUAAGAGGGCUAAUUUUCACGCUUUGUGCUUGUACCAUUUAAACAUUUCCAGCAAGUGUAUAAAUGGAGAUGUUCUCACUACACACAAGGUUUUUGCUGACAUUAAAUCAUAUGUGAGAUGUCCAUCCUCAUAACUAGUUUAUUGGUGGAACACAUGACAGGAGGUACAAUGAAAGUUAUUCAGCACUUUUAUUGCACGGCUCUCUCUGCAACACCGUCGAUCUUUCUUCCAUCUGCUCACUUAUUAUUUCUUCUACCCCCACUUCUCAUUUUCUCUUUUGGUUUCACCUGCUCCUCAAGCAUUUUAUUUUACCUGAUAAUCACACUUUCAACAUUCAGAUGUUGCCUUAAGUCACAUUUAUGUUAUGAAAUUCAAAUGAAUUUAAACAUUUGUAUGAGGAAUAUACAACAAAAAUGACGAAAACAUUACUUGGGAAAACUCUUUGAGGGUGUGGGAUACAAAAUCCUCUUGUACUUUCAAUUCAGUUUUUUUAGGAAGAAAAAGUUAGCUUUAGGGCACAGAGGGAUUUUUAGAUGACAUGAAGUGGAAUUGUCAGUUUUUAUCAUUGUCAUGUAAUGAUAAUGUUUUUUGCUCUUUCAUUGUCAAUCGAAACAUGAGGAUUAGGGACGUAACGAUUCACAGUGAGCAGAUUGAAAAUCGAUUAUAAUGUGUGACGAUUCAAAUCGGUUGAGAUUUGAGCUGAAUCGCAAUACAAUUCUUGAACAGCAGGGGUCGCCAUGUUCACUGCAAACCUUAACGUGGACGUGGUGAUAAUUCAUAAAUGCGAAAAAAUCCAAGAAAAGCACAGAUAGUAUUAGUUUGUUUAUAUUAAAGAAACUUUUUCUAUUAUUCAUUUGUUUUAGAAUUGCAGUUUAGUUUUGUAAUUUGAAAUAAAACACAAUUUUAUCAUACGAAGAAACGGGAAGCAUUUAAAAAAUAAUGCAAGGGAAGUUGUUCAUUUCUAAAUGUUUUGACUCCUUUUGUAAAAAUAAAUCGUAAGAAAAUCGUGAAUAAAUCGCAUCGUGAGAUCAGAAUCGUGAAUCGCAUCGGGAGCUGAGUGAAUCGUUACAUCCCUAAUGAGGAUUAAAAAUAAAGAACCGCAAGUGUAAGAAUUAGGAUAAAAUGUAAAAACAAUUGUGCUCAAGGUCACCUUUUUGUAGAAAAAAGUAUCUCGUAGCAAUACUUAACUUGUUAUUUUUUGCCCAAUUUUGUUACACUUUUAUGCAACUUUAAUAAAAAUUUGUUAAAUUACA